AUGAUGAUCAUCUCGGCUCUACUAUACGCUGCCAUCUUUGGUCACAUGACGACGAUCAUUCAACAGAUGACAUCAGCGACCGUGAGCACGUUCGAGGAGUUCAUUAAACUCCAAGAAGUUCCCAAGGAACUUGCCGAACGCGUGAUGGACUACGUGGUCUCCACGUGGGCGAUGACGAAGGGUAUCGACACACAAAAGGUGCUCGGUUACUGCCCGAAGGACAUGAAGGCUGACAUAUGUGUGCAUUUGAAUCGCAAGGUGUUCAAUGAGCAUUCAUGCUUUCGACUCGCAUCUGAUGGUUGUCUUCGAUCGCUGGCGAUGUACCUUGAGUCUAAUCAUGCUGCUCCUGGUGAUCUUCUCUAUCACACCGGUGAAUCUGUCGAUGCGCUCUGGUUCGUCGUGAGCGGAUCGUUGGAGGUGAUCCAAGACGAGGAAGUUGUGGCGAUUCUG